AUGGAGUCGGGCGCCGGCCAGCGCUGCCAGCGGGUCCGUUUGACGCAUCUGGGCGUGCGGCGCGGCGCCGUCCUCGACCGCUGCCUGGCCGUCGUCUGCCAGGGCAAGGCGCUGUUCGCCAGCACACGCCGCCGCCUGGUGCUCGUCGCCGCCGACGUGGACGGGGACGGCGUCACACUGACGGCACCCGGGAUGCCGCCGCUGACCGUGCCGCUGCCGCAGGACGGCGACGACGUCAGCACGAUGACGGUCGACUUCAACGGCCAUCCAGACUCCGGCGUCGACCUGGGGCCGGCCGUGGCCAAGUGGCUGGCCGAGUUCUUCAACGACGGCAAGGAGUACGCGAUGAUGUACUUCCUGUCAGAUGUGGUGACGCCGCGCAGAACUGUGAACCUCCCAAGGCCGUACGUGCAUCUCGCCUCACCUGAGGACAUCAUGUCUUACAACUUCGUGUCGGCGGCGUCGAUCAUCUGCUCGUCAUCACUGGACGAGCUCAACUCGCGCUUGAAGACGCCAGUUUCUCUCGAGAACUUCCGUCACAACUUCAUCGUGGAAGGCGCCCCUGCCUUUGACGACGACAAUUGGAGCUUCAUCAAGAUUGGUGACGCGGUGAUGCGCAGGAUCAAACCCGUUCACCGGUGCGGCAUCACCUGCGUCGACCCCAAGACCGGCGAGCGCAGCGAACAGAUGGAACCGCUGAAGACCCUGAAGACGUUCCGGCUGGCUAAGACGGAGGAGGAGAAGAAGCUGUACAAAGAAGCUCCGCUGUUUGGAAGUGCGCUGGGUGUGGACGUGGAGGGCGAGAUGGCUGUGGGAGAUACGGUAUACGUGCUCCGGAAAUGA